AUGGAGACACCAGUGACACGCUCCCACCGCCCGGUGAACUUCCUUUCACAAAAGAAGCUUUUCACAUGGAUCGAACAAAGUCAGCAGCAAGACCUUGCUCGAGUGAGGACGCUCUCCUUAAGAUUGACCGAUAUCGAUCUCUCUUCACUGCUUGAUCCGAUCUUGAGUGGCGGAAGGCGCGAGACACAGAGCGUGUGGAGUCUAUACAACACCGAACUCGAACGACUGGACGGCGCACUUCGUUGUCUGCCCGGGCUGGAACAUCUUACUAUCGUUCCACCGAGCAACAACAAGUCGUCACUACUGAGCGGUAUCUAUCGGUCGUUCCUCUCACAGAUACCAAAGCGCUGUCCCAAGGUACAGCAUCUCAUAGUACACGACCACGAAAGUCUUCUCGAGACUGUCCCUGGACUCAAGAACAUCCACAAAGUCGAUUUCGAGGACGCUGCUUCAUCACCAAGCCCAAUUCGAUCACCAAAUUCGUUGCACCGCCGGAUGAUGGCGGACCAAGGAAAGGCAAAACAUGUCAUCGUCAAGAUGGAAGCAGACACGGACGACGGCUAA